ACUGCUGCAAAUAUCGUCGCAUAUUUGCAUGACUCGUGAACCACUCCUCUUACGUUUUCUCUGCCAACGAGACACUAACGAUUUUACAGACUCGUUCCCGUCUUGAUCUCUCAUGUCCUCAAUGUCCGGGCCGCAGUGCGGUCCACACGUGGAGAGCAGUCCCAGACACCCUCUUUCGUCCGGUCAAAGCGUAGCGUCCAGACCCAAGCCGACAUCGAAAACAUGUCGUUCGAAUUGAACAUCCUCAGCAGCACCGAACAAGCCCCAGAGACCGAUCGCGGUCUGGGCCCGGCGCAAGACUCUAUUGAACAUGAUCAAAUUGUUGCUGAACCGCGAAACAUGGCAGACCACGUUGUUACUACCGGCCAUGAUCAUCAGGACGUGAACGAGGAAGAGGGAAUUGACGAUGUCGAGGAAGAAAUGCGGUCGGAUUGGGAGGACGACGAGUAGGGGAGAGAAUGGGUGUCCGAGCCGUGAUGUCAGACUCACGGCGAUUGUGCGUUUGCUUGCUAUUUAUUUUCUCCGCGCAAUUUUCCCCUGUGGUCUGCGCGAUAUGGCUGUUGAUAGUUCAAGCCCCAUCACGGGGCUCUAUACCCGACUUCACAGAUAUGUAUUGCACUAUAGAUCUCACUUAAUGCGCUCCUAGCUCUAUUAUCUGUCACUUGAUUUCGUCUUUCAUUACUUUUCGGC